UUUGUAAACACCGCAAGUGAUGUCGGGAUCGGCCGAUUGACGGACUUUCGUUUCAUUUCGAGUCGAAUGUUUUUUUUAGGUCACGGGGUCAGUCACUAACGUUAGAUCAUUUCCGACUCCCGAUGUUCGAUGCAGAUCGACCGAUUCGUUUUAAAGAACCGGUUCAAACGAACGAUUCGUUCUAGUAGUAACGUUGGGUUUCUAAUGGUGCUUAGCGUACUAUGUUCAGCACGUCGAUAAACUGGAGCGACUCGUAAGAUUUAAUAUGCAAUAUCUCCAAAUCUAGUGUGUUAAGCUAGAAAGUUUAGGCCAUUAAAUGACUCUGCUGAGGCGUGAAAUCAGGUCAUUUCCUCAAUCUCAGGUCUAGUGGACUUGUUUUCUGCUAAAUCUGUGCAGGACAAUUAACACACAUGUUGAGAUUAAACCCCAUUUUUGAUACUCAAAAAGAUGUUGUAUCAAGCAUUUUGGCAAAGGAGGAAAGAGCGAAUAUAGGUGUUCUUGAGCCUCGCAUUCUGAGCGUGGAGAGCGAUGGAGGGGUCGUGUACUCAUGGAGAGGAGCAACAGGAACUACAAGAAUUGGGAAGUACGAUCCUCACAGUACAGAGAAUAAGCUCCUCUUCACUUUUGACAAGCAAGUGUGUGUCAGCAGCUGCUCUUUAAAUAAAGAAGAAACACUCCUAGCGGUCAGUCUGUCUCAGUCCACACAGGGAGGAGGCCGCUUUAAACCAGUGUCAAAAUGUUUAACUCUUCUCAUUGAGAUACACCCAAUCAACAACACAAAGGUCCUGAAGGCAGUGGACUGCAAAGUCAAAGUGCAGUUUCUUCAUCCUAAGACAUGUCGGACCACCGUACUGGAGAGUCAUUUGCUGUUGGCGGCAGAGGAUGGCUAUGUUGAUCAGUACCACAUUACUCUGAUGAGGCAGGAGGGCUACAGAGUGGUGAUGCAGAAUCCUGAGCGUCCGAGCAGAGAGAGAGUUGCAGAGGACUUCAGUUGGGUCCAAUGGGACUCGGAUACUCAAAGAAUCUUCUACCUCUCUGCACGGGAGAAACACACACUGAAGUGUGUGCAGUUUUACCCCGAUCACAACUUUGAGACUGUGGUAAACAUCUUUGUGUCACAUCUAAACUGCCUUAUUUUAAUAAUAUUUAGAGGAACUGGAACCAUGUGUGUGUGCUACAGCCAUCCAGUUCACUGGCAUAAGGACGCCACCUACACUAUUGCAUUUGUGCACAGAGGUUGCAGUAAGACGUUCACUGUGUCUCUAGAGAAAGGCUCUGCACCUGCUAAUUUGCCAACCGUCCAUCCUAUCUUCAUUCAUCUGGAUUAUUAUAUUGUGGUGUACCUGGCUGAUAAUUUCCUUCACCUCAUCAACUGCAGACAACAAGACCUGCUCUGCUACAGUCUUUUCCUGUCAGGGGCAGAUGGUCACAUUGAAGCCCUGGGUUCAGGCAGAGAAGUUGUGAGUGUGUCUGGCAGCAGGCUGCUUGAUGUCCGUGCCGGCAGGAUGUACACCAUGGAGCUCAAUCCGGACUUCCUGCUUGAGCUUCUCAGUUCAGACAGGCCAGAGGCCCAGCGGCUUGCUGCUCUGCACUGCAUGCUGGUCUACCUUCAGCCAAAUCCUGUGAUAGAGCUCAAGAUUAUAAACUGGAUCAGUGAGAAUGUCAUGAGCUUUGAUGCUUUUGAUCAGAUUCAGGAAUUUAUUCUAGCGACCCUGUACAGAAUAAACUACCAGCAGUGUGUGAGCCUAGAUAAGUUGUUGCCGUACUCCUGUGUUUUCGAGAAAAAGGAGCUUCCUGUGGCUCUGACAGCAAUCCCUGGGGUGAAAUGCACUCCUGAACUGCUCUGUCAGCCAAUAAUUAAAGGGAAGCCUAAAAGCCUGCAGGGUUAUUGGGAGGAGCUCCAACAUGUCUUGGACAGGAUGAGGUACUUUGAGGUAGUACCGAGCCCACGCUUCAGGUCCAGUCUGAUUAAAGAGGACUGGGACAGAUUUCAGGCUGCUAUGAACUCCGAGAAGAAGAAAUCUCCCCGCUAUCAAAGCCAAAUUGAGGAGAACACAAAAAAAGUUCUGUCCAUGGUGGACACUUGGCGUUUGGGUAAGAGAAACUAAGUUUAAAUGGCCAGUCGUGUCAACGAAAGGACACUUAUGGUAGACAAACUCAGAGAGCACUUAAACAGACAUUUAUCACGACUUGGGAAGAAAAAGAUCGAUUUGCUGGUGGUGAAUUAUGCUGCGAAGCUGCUGGAACUGGUGUGGCACGUGUUGGAAUUGAUGUGGCAGAAGCUGAAGUUGGGCCCCUGGGUGCUCUGCAUUAAGCAGCAGGGUAGUUCAGAAGAGUGGGCGAUGUUUCAUGUGAUGUUUCGCAUUCUGGAAGCAACUAAAGGACUCUGUCUCCCCCUCCCUCCAGGUUAUUCCACACUGUUAAGUGUGCUUGGAUCCCGAUGUCUCCCACAGCACACUUUUCUCCAGUAUGUGGACCAUGGCCUUCUUCAGCUCACAGAACCAUUUGUUUCACGACUUAUGACAGAUUUAGAUAACAGUGAUGCCAAUGAGCAGUUGAAGUUCAGUAUUCUGAAAAGACUUCCUGAGCAUAUGGAGCAGAAAGUUAGCCAGCAGUGGGAUCACCCCAUAACUUCUGCAUGCAUCUCCAGAGAAUACAUCAGGACUCUGCUGGAAAAAAACUUAGAAAACACUGACUCUGCACUCUUGGACUAUGGCAAGUCAUGUUUCUAUCCCGAUUUCCUGCCCCUAAACUACCUCGCCAAGAUUCUCUCAAACAGGGAGGAACAAGCUCAGAACCCUUUUGAAGAGCAGGAGAAUGUGGAUGUCUGGUUUGUGGAGGAGAUGGCCUUAAAGCAGACACAGAUCAAGCUAGGCUUUGAAGUCAAGUAAAAAAAAAGCCUGGUACAAAUGUUAAAGUGGUAAAAAGGGAAACAUGGAAAACAUUCCGAGAAAAUAGGGGGAAAAAGUUCUCCUGGCCAAAGAACAAAGCUUGAUAUAUUUAGGUGACUAGUAAUGUACAGAAGUUUUUAAAAUGUUAAAACUGUUAGAAAUGUUAGUGAUAUCUUAGAUAUCUGAAAACUGAAGCCCAAAAUCAUACUUGACCAAAGAUUAUUUGCCAACUGUCAGUCUGCUCUUUAAAUAUCACAUUUUAGUACACAGAAGAACACAUACUGACUCUACUGAUGCCAAUACGUAUGGGGAAUAUUAUGCACUUUUCUAUACACACAGAUGCGAUGGAAGAGCACCAACAAAAAAGACACAUAAAGGGAUUUUUUCCCCCAGAUGUUAUUUGGGGUCAAAUUGGGUA